CGGGGGUGUCACGUGACUCGCCGGCAGCACCAUGGCGGAAGCGGAGGAGCAGGAAACCGGGUCUCUCGAGGAAUCUACAGAUGAGUCUGAGGAAGAAGAGAGCGAAGAGGAGCCCAAACUUAAGUAUGAAAGGCUCUCCAAUGGGGUGACCGAAAUCCUUCAGAAGGAUGCCGCCAGCUGCAUGACAGUCCACGACAAGUUUCUAAAGCUGACACAUUAUAGCAGAGUUUAUAUAAUUGACAUAUUACAUGAUAUCACUUUUUCGUUUGACGUAAGUCCUGUGAAGAUAAAUCAGAUUAGCCUGGAUGAAAGUGGAGAACACAUGGGCGUGUGUUCAGAGGAUGGCAAGGUGCAGGUGUUUGGACUGUAUUCUGGAGAAGAAUUUCACGAGACUUUUGACUGUCCCAUUAAAAUCAUCGCUGUACAUCCGCAUUUCUUGAGAUCCAGCUGCAAGCAGUUUGUGACCGGAGGGAAGAAGUUGCUGCUGUUCGAGCGCUCUUGGAUGAGCAGGUGGAAGUCCUCCGUUCUGCACGAAGGGGAAGGGAACAUCAGGAGUGUGAAGUGGAGAGGCCAUCUGAUCGCCUGGGCCAAUAAUAUGGGUGUGAAGAUUUUUGAUAUCACCUCCAAACAGAGAAUCACCAACGUGCCCCGGGAUGAUAUAAGUCUGCGCCCCGAUAUGUACCCCUGCAGCCUCUGCUGGAAGGACAGCGUGACCCUGAUUAUCGGCUGGGGGACGUCUGUCAAGAUUUGCUCGGUGAAGGAACGGCACGCCAGUGAGAUGAGGGACUUGCCAAGUCGAUACGUUGAAAUAGUGUCUCAGUUUGAAACUGAACUCCACGUCAGCGGACUGGCACCUCUCUGCGAUCAGCUCGUUGUACUUUCCUACGUAAAGGAGGUUUCAGAGAAAACGGAAAGAGAGUACUGCGCCAGGCCCAGACUGGACAUCAUCCAGCCACUUCCCGAGACGUGUGAAGAGGUCUCUUCUGAUGCUCUGACAGUGAGAGGCUUUCAGGAGAACGAAUGCAGAGAUUAUCACUUAGAGUACUCAGAGGGGGAGUCACUCUUCUACAUCGUGAGCCCAAGAGAUGUCGUCGUAGCCAAGGAGCGGGACCAAGAUGACCACAUCGACUGGCUCCUUGAAAAGAAGAAAUACGAAGAAGCUCUGAUGGCAGCUGAAAUUAGCCAGAAGAACAUUAAAAGACAUAAGAUUCUGGACAUUGGCUUGGCGUAUGUAAACCACCUGGUGGAGAAAGGAGAGUAUGACGUAGCGGCACGCAAAUGCCAGAAAAUUCUUGGGAAAAAUGCAGCGCUCUGGGAAUACGAAGUUUAUAAAUUUAAAGAAAUUGGACAGCUUAAGGCUAUCAGUCCUUAUUUGCCAAGAGGGGAUCCAGUUCUGAAACCACUCAUCUAUGAAAUGAUCUUACACGAAUUUUUGGAAAGCGAUUAUGAGGGCUUUGCCACGCUGAUCCGGGAAUGGCCCGGAGAUCUGUACAACAAUUCGGUGAUAGUUCAAGCAGUCCGGGAUCACCUGAAGAAAGACAGUCAGAACAGGACCUUACUUAAAACCCUGGCAGAACUGUACACCUAUGACAAAAACUAUGGCAACGCUCUGGAAAUAUACUUGACGUUAAGACAUAAGGAUGUUUUCCAGUUGAUCCACAAGCAUAAUCUUUUCAGUUCUAUCAAGGAUAAAAUUGUCUUAUUAAUGGAUUUUGAUUCUGAGAAAGCUGUUGACAUGCUUCUGGACAAUGAGGAUAAAAUUUCAAUUAAAAAGGUCGUGGAAGAAUUAGAAGACAGACCAGAGUUGCAGCACGUGUACCUGCAUAAGCUGUUCAAAAGAGACCAUCAUAAGGGGCAGGCCUACCAUGAAAAGCAGAUCAGCCUCUACGCGGAAUACGAUCGACCAAACCUGCUUCCAUUUCUCCGAGACAGCAUCCAUUGCCCCCUUGAGAAGGCUCUUGAGAUCUGUCAACAGAGAAACUUUGUGGAAGAGACAGUUUAUCUUCUGAGCCGCAUGGGGAAUAGCCGAAGUGCCCUGAAGAUGAUCAUGGAGGAACUGCACGACGUUGACAAAGCCAUUGAAUUUGCCAAGGAGCAGGACGACGGGGAGCUCUGGGAAGACCUGAUUUUAUAUUCCAUCGACAAACCACCGUUUAUCACUGGCUUGCUCAACAACAUUGGCACGCAUGUUGACCCCAUUCUCCUGAUUCACCGCAUUAAGGAAGGAAUGGAGAUUCCCAAUUUGAGAGACUCCUUGGUUAAAAUUCUGCAAGACUACAACUUACAAAUUCUGCUUCGUGAAGGCUGCAAGAAGAUUCUCGUAGCUGACUCCCUCUCCUUACUCAAGAAGAUGCACCGAACUCAGAUGAAAGGCGUCCUGGUCGACGAGGAGAACAUCUGUGAGUCGUGCCUGUCCCCUGUUCUUCCGUCAGACGCGGCGAAGCCCUUCAGCGUGGUGGUCUUCCACUGCCGGCACAUGUUCCACAAGGAGUGCCUGCCCGCGCCCAGCCUGAACUCGCCUGCACAGUUCUGUAACAUCUGCAGCGCCAAGCACCGGGGCCCAGGCAGCGCCAUCCUGGAGAUGAAGAAAUAGCUCGUUCCGAUUGUCCGCCUCUUCCUCGCCGCCGCUCUUGGGAGACUUUGCAGCAACCGAAGCUUUUGUUGACAGCAGUGCUGUUGAGAGAUUGGUCCAUGUUUAUGUUCUGCUCAAAAAAAAAAAGCUGCUUUAUCUCCACCUGUCUCCUGGGCGUUUCUCCUUGUAGUUGAUAAAGAAGUUAGGGUUUUCCCCACCCAUGUCUUGAACUAUGUGGGUUCACGGUCAGUAUUUCAUCAUUUAUUUGUUUGGCUCCUUUGCUUGGGAGUGGAAACAUCAGUCUGGGAGUCGGAAAUGACCAUUUAGGUCCUAGGAGUCUGUCCAGCCGUAACGCGGACCCCGAGGGUCAUCCCAGCUGGCGGGGGCGCAUGACCGCUGCGGCUGUCCCGCCAGCCCCGCCGCACCCUGGACCUUGCUUCCCUCUGCUCUGCUGGCAACAGUCGUCGAAUUCUGGGUUUGGCUUUUUUUUUUUAAUGUCAUCCACUGUGGUCAUCUCCUUAACAGGCACUGAGUGAAGCACCACCGUCACUAAUUCAGUGACGUCUGAGGAUGACGCGGGCAGGCUGAUGACGUCAUGCAGUUUUACGUUUAGUUACAGGUUCUGUGUGUCCCAAUAACCAGCCGUGUCUGGCCCUGGCAGGCACCCAGCAUUUGUUGACUGAAUAAAUGUUAGCAC